UAGUGGGAGGGAUUUGGAACCAUCCUGCCAAGUUUGGAAUCUCUACGACUUUUCGGUCUCUGACAUCCAAAUACUUUUAGGGCGGAAAAAUAAUAAUAAUAAUAAUAAUAAGAAAAUCGGAACAAAUACAAUAGGGUCCUGCACCUUCGGUACCUGGACUCCUAAUAAAAACAAAGGAGCGAAUUUAUCCAUGUCAUGCCAAACAGCGCGCGGGUCUCUUUGCUGUAGUUACUCGCAUUCUUCACUGCACUUCCGCGUCUGGUAAAGGACAGAGAUUUAGAAGAGUAUGGAAGAUAACAAGAAUUUCAAAGGUCCACUUAUAAUUGCUUUGCAAUAUAACGACAUAUUUGACCUGCAUUCAGUCUCAGUCUCAACCUCGACAAACACAGAUGCAGAGCCACUACCCAAAGGAAGAGCAUUCACUUUUAUAAAGGCUGUGCAAACAGUGAAUGAGAAACUUGUGAGCCAGAACAAGACAGAAUCUUUGCUUUUUGAAGUGAUCCUCUAUGCAAAGGAGUGUUCAGAACAAAUCAAAAGGAAGAUAGUUGAGAGCGUAAAGCAUUAUGGUCUAGAAAUAGGCAAAUUUUACUUUUGCAAAAAGGAAGAACUCAUGAAUACUCUUCAGCUGCACAAAGUUAAGCUGUUCCUCUCUACUGACGGGGAUGAUAUCUAUAGAGCUCUACAUACAGGAAUUCCUGCUGCUCUGCUAUACGGUCAAGCAGAUCAACAUUCAAGUGAUCAAUUAAAGGUCAUUUUCUCAGGUGAUAUCAUUGGAUUCUCAGAGGAUUCACUUGAUAGUCUUACAGAUUUUGGAUUCAGUGAAACACAAAUACAGACAUUCAAAACUGCAAAGACCUGCAUGAAAGAGUUUACCAUUCUGAUGGGUGAGAUGAGGCAGAGGUUCGGCCAUGAAAACAGCCCUCUCUGCACUUGUCUUAUAACAGCAUGGGGCUCUAGAAACGUCUGUGCCUCUGCCUUGAAAACGCUACGAGAAUGGGGUCUGGAUGUAGACGAGGUGUUUUGCAUGGCCGGAGCUCCAUGCAGUCCCAUACUGGCUGUAGUGAAACCCCAAAUAUUGUGGGACGGUGGACUUCACAACCUGAAAGACAUGUCCACCCAGUCUUGAGAGAUAGUCGUGCCAUUGGACACAAACAAAAUGUGUUUCUUACUUUUUUAAAGGUUAAUGAGGUGCCAAUUCUUCUUAUAGAAUAGUUCACACAGGACACAUUUUAUGGUUUCAUCUGCACUAUAUUGUAAUUGCUGGUCUAGUUUAAGGAUGUAAUUUCUGUGCCACUAGUGUCACCACAUGGAAUUGCAAAAAUAAUUACUCCCCCCGUCUUCCAUUGGUUGUACAAACAGAUAGGCCCACCCAAAACUCGCACUAUUGGUCAAGUCACUUUUGCUGUAUUUGAAUACAAGAACAUGUCCUGAAUGAAAGCCUUGCACUGUAAUUCACUUUUACUUUUUUUGAAAAGGUUUUGUUGAAAAAUAAGGAGAAUCCACGUGGGCUAUAUUGAGUUUAAUACCGGUAUAUGGCACUAUUUAUUAAAACAUUGGCAAUAUUAGUUAAUGAAUUUUUUUUAAAUUUUUUAUAAUGGUACAUAGUUGACAUCAAUGACUUAUAAUACAUUGCACAUGAUGUAAGAAACAAUCUGAAACAUACUUUUUUUAAAUACCUCUAAAAUCUACUGAAAUAAAAUGUAGCCCUAAGCAUAAGACAGUGACAUAAGAGCAAUGACUUGGCACACAACAUGAUAACAGAUUCCGAAUAUACAUGGGAAAUACCAAUAUCUAACAUGCCAGCACCAUUUUUAGAUGUGAUAUCAUGGCUUAGGUUUCAAUAAGGCACUACUUAUAUCAUAGUUCCAGCUACAGGACAACUGUUUUUAUAUAUAUAUAUAUAUAUAUAUAUAUAUAUAUAUAUAUAUAUAUAUAUAUAAUUAUUAUUAAUUUGGCGAAACCAGAUUAUUAAAAAAAACAUAUAUGGUUAUAUGGCAUUUUGUAGCUGGAAAGUUUUCCAAGCAAUAUUAGUUCUGUAUUUGUCCAUAACUGAAAAUUUCUAUGCACAUUUCUCAACAAUAACAAAAUAAGUGGUAAAUAAAAAAGCAAGGAUUAUGAAGAUAUUACGUUGCAGUCAUGCAAUAACAUUAACUAAAAUAGGUGUUCAUCUUUGGCUCAACAUAGUAAAACAGUAACACUUGUACAGACUGAUAAACAAAUGUUUUACAAAAAAACUAAAUUUCACAGGUUUGAAAUCACAUGAUAUAUAGAUGUCUCUCCACUCAGAGUAAACACAAAUUUGAAAGUUGUACAUUCAUUCAAAAUCUUUUAAGAGGCAAAAAUAAAGGCGUCUUUACACAGCCGAGUUAAUCCUGCUCUGUGCCUGCUUAAAAUUCUGUGUAAAGAAAGAUGCAAUGCAGCAUAAAAGCCAGUCUAAAUUAAGCCUGCUCUAACCCACCUCAGAGCAGCCUUAAACUUAGUUUUUGUCAUGCUAGAGCUUAUAUUUCAUAAUUUCGUUUAAUAUUUAAGGUAUCAUUUCAUAUUUUCAUUCUUUUCAUAAUUCUAUUUUCAAAAUUGUAUAUUUAAAACAUUAAUCUCGUGUUAUGUAUGCAGUUGUAAUUUCUGUGUAAAUGCA